AAUUCUCUUAUUAAAUUCCCUUUAUUCUUUAUAUUAAAGAAAAGUAGAAAAUUAAGACUUAUUAUUAAUUAUAAAAGACUUAAUAAAAUUACGAAGAAGAAUUAUUACCCUUUAUUACUUAUUACUAAGCUUAGAGAUUUAUUUUAUAGAGCUAACUAG